CCCCCGCCGCGGGGGCGUCGGGGCCGCGCCUGGGCAGCGGGCGGAGCCGGAGCUGCUCCGCGCCUGGGAGCCUGCGCUCGGCUCGGCUCCGCUCCGCUCCCCAGCAGCUGCCGGCACGGAGGGAGGCGGGCGCCGCCGCCGCGCCGAUGGGUCUGCUCCUGCUCCUCUGGGCGUGGGCGGCCGCUGCCGGGGCAGCUUUAGGAUUUGGAAUGGAUCCUGACUUACAGAUUGAUAUAAUCACAGAACUGGAUCUUGUGAAUACAACUCUUGGGGUAACGCAAGUGUCAGGACUACGCAAUGCCAGCAAAGCAUUUUUAUUUCAAGAUGUAGAAAGAGAAAUCCAUGCAGCGCCCCAUGUGAGUGAGAAGUUAAUUCAGCUCUUUCGGAAUAAAAGUGAGUUCACGUUUCUGGCCACCCUGCAACAGAAGGCAUCGACUUCUGGAGUUAUACUGUCCAUCCGUGAGUUAGAGCACAGCUAUUUUGAACUGGAGAGCAGUGGACUACGGGAUGAGAUUAGAUAUCACUACAGGUUUAAUGGGAAGUCAAGAACAGAGGUGUUCCCAUACCGGCUGGCAGAUGGGCAGUGGCACAAGAUUGCUGUAUCACUUAGUGCUUCUCACCUUCUGCUCCAUGUGGACUGCAACAGGAUUUAUGAACGUAUCGUUGAUCCCCCAGAAACGAAUUUGACACCUGAAAGCAAUUUAUGGCUUGGACAGAGAAACAGGAAGCAUGGUUUCUUUAAGGGCGUGAUUCAGGAUGUGAAAGUUGUCUUUAUACCUAAUGGAUAUAUAAUGCAGUGUCCUAACCUGAAUCGCACAUGCCCAACCUGCAGUGAUUUCUUAAGUCUGGUGCAAGGAAUCAUGGAUUUGCAAGAACUCCUGGCAAAAAUGACGGCAAAACUAAACUAUGCAGAAACAAGACUGAGUCAAUUGGAAGACUGUCACUGUGAGAAGACUUGUCAAGUAAAUGGAUUGAUCUAUAGAGACAAAGACUCUUGGGUUGAAGAUGAUCACUGCAGGAAUUGCACAUGCAAAAGUGGAGUUGUAGAAUGCCGAAGAAUGUCCUGUCCCCCUCUUGAUUGUCCUCCUGAUGCUCUCCCAGUGCAUGUGGAAAGCCAGUGCUGUAAAAUAUGCAAGGCAAAGUGUAUCUAUGGAGGCAAAGUGCUAGCAGAAGGUCAACGAGUAUUAACCAAGAACUGCAGGGAAUGUCGAAAUGGAGUUUUAGUAAAAGUAACAGAGACUUGUCCGCCAUUGAACUGCUCAGAAAAAGAUCACGUUCUUCCAGAGAACCAAUGUUGCAGUGUUUGCAGAGGCCAUAACUUCUGUGCAGAGGGACACAGAUGUGGUGAAAAUUCAGAGUGCAAAAACUGGAACACAAAAGCUACUUGUGAAUGCAAGAACGGUUACCUCUCUGUCCAAGGGGACUCUGCAUAUUGUGAAGAUAUUGAUGAGUGUGCUGCCAAGAUGCAUUACUGUCAUGCCAAUACUGUGUGUGUUAAUUUGCCUGGAUCCUAUCGUUGUGACUGCGUCAAGGGAUAUGUCCGAGUAGAUGAUUUCUCAUGUACAGAGCAUGAUGAGUGCGGCAGCGGACAGCAUAACUGUGAUGAGAAUGCAAUCUGUACUAACACUGUCAGGGGACACAGCUGUACCUGCAAACCUGGAUAUGUGGGGAAUGGGACCAUCUGCCGAGCAUUCUGUGAAGAGGGAUGCAGAUACGGUGGAACUUGUGUAGCUCCUAACAAAUGUGUCUGCCCUUCUGGAUUCACAGGAAGUCAUUGUGAGAAAGAUAUUGAUGAGUGUGCAGAGGGGAUCAUUGAGUGUCACAACCAUUCACGCUGUGUUAACCUCCCAGGGUGGUACCACUGUGAGUGCAGAAGCGGUUUCCAUGACAAUGGAACCUAUUCUCUUUCCGGGGAGUCCUGUGUUGAUAUCGAUGAGUGUGCCUUAAAGACCCACACCUGCUGGAAUGACUCAGCCUGCGUGAACCUGGCAGGAGGGUUUGAUUGCCUCUGUCCAUCUGGACCAUCUUGUACUGGAGACUGUCCCCACGAAGGUGGCUUCAAGCGGAAUGGGCAGGUGUGGACCCUGAGGGAGGACAGAUGCUCCGUUUGUUCCUGCAAGGAUGGGAGAAUUUUCUGCCGGAGAACAGCCUGUGAUUGCGAGAACCCCAGUGCUGAUCUCUUCUGCUGCCCAGAGUGUGACACUCGGGUCACCAGCCAGUGUCUCGACCAAACGGGGCACAAGCUCUACCGCAGUGGGGACAACUGGACCUACAGCUGUCAGCAGUGCCGUUGCCUGGAAGGGGAAGUGGACUGUUGGCCUCUUCUGUGCCCCAAUCUAAACUGCGAGUACACAGCCAUUUCAGAAGGAGAAUGCUGUCCCCACUGUGUCAGUGACCCCUGCCUGGCUGACAACAUCACCUAUGACAUCAGGAAAACCUGUCUAGAUGGCUAUGGAAUUACAAGACUUAGUGGUGCCAUAUGGACCAUGGUGGGAUCUCCUUGUACAACCUGCAAAUGCAAGAAUGGGAACGUCUGCUGCUCGGUGGAUUUAGAGUGUCUCAACAAUAACUGAUGUACUCGGACUGGACUGUGCUGGGGGAGGAACACUGAUGAAGUUAACAUCUGAAAUGAAGCCGUAUGCGUUGGUGUUUUAUACAACAGACAAUUACCAAAGUCUCCACAUGAGGAAGAUGUUUGGGAGUUGCCUUUGGGACCUAUCACUAUGCUCAUCCUUGCUAGCCUUGUCCGGGUGACUUAGAGUACAGCGCAUAUAAGUCAAUGGUUGUUAAAAGUUUUCAGUGUUGUAAAUUACACACUUUUCCUGUCAAGACAUUUGCAAAUACGUUUAAAUUAUUUCAUGGGUAAACUAAUGCUGUAUUUUUGUUUAAUUUGUGUAUUGACAACAUGAUAGAAUUCAGCUCUUCUUCCUUUGGAUCUAGAUUUUACAAACAAAACAGCCUGUUGUGGUUUUGUCCCAUGAUAUCACAAACUUAGUUCCAAGGUCCCUGUCCGAUGUAUUUAUGAAAAUAUGUAUGUAUGUACAGUCAAAUUGCAUAGUACUUAUAUUUCACAUCUGUCCAACAUUUUAAAACAUUCAAAGGUAUAUUUGAUUGGACAGAAUGGAAGUAAUCAAAGUCUGUCUUAAAAAAAAUAUAAAAAUAAAUGCCAUGAACUUAGUGAAAUAGCAAAAAAGCACUUUCUUUUCCAAAUGUGUGAAGCAGCAGCAAGACUCCUAUAGUGAGAAAUGGUACUAAAACUUUCCAUCACCAUUUCAACACAUGUUCAGAAAAGAACCAUUCAUCUUUAUCAGUGUUCUGUUUUGCAAGAGAAACUACAAAUGCUGCAAAAGGGUAUAAUUCUUCUGAAUUGUGCAACGAUAAACAGUCAGCCUUAAGAUGAUAUAAUUUAAAUUGACUAGGUUAUUUUUUUGCUGUCAGUUAUAACAUCAUUGAUCAGUUCAGAGUUUUUUCUUUUUUUUUUUAUUUACAGUAAUAAUGAUCACCAUUCUCAGUUACUGCUACCAUAAUGACAAAGUGCAGAAGCAGCUCUACCGGUGACAUGCGGGACAGUAGACCUUAAAGCUCGGUAACUCUCAUUACCCAAUUAACAGUUCAGAAACAGAUUUUUCUUUUAAUUCACCACGCACAUGAUAUCUUUUAAUACAUAAGUUUAGAAAUACAAAUGAAAACUCUUAGCCCGAUAUUGAGGUUAGAGUUUAGAUUCUCUUCAGCUUAUGUCUAUUUUUUUUCACGAGGCUAGAAAGUUUGUGGCAUUAGAAUAAGAAUAUAUUUCUAUGAUGAUGGUACCUACAGCUUAAAUGUCACCUUUUUAACGUGCUGUUGUGUUUUGUUCUGCUCAUUUGUGUAGUGUUUUUUGCUUUUCAUUUAAUUAAGCACUGAGUAUGUGGAAAAGAGUGCAGAAAUAAGUAUAGUGAAUACAGUCUGGAAAGUCAACAUUUGUGAGGUUUUCAUCGUUUCAUGCAGAAAAACUGAAACAGAUAAAUAAGAAUGAAGUGUGACUAUAAAGUGAAAAAAUUCAAGUCUUUUAAUCAAGUACGAUCAUGUUUCUUAUAAGUAGAAAAGUGGAAAAAAUAUAAAAAUGACUUGCUAUCAUCCAGAUAAUUUUAUUCAAUUUUUUAAACAUUAUUUGUUUUAUCUAACAGGUCUGUGUGGUAAAGUUAAAUUUAUUUUCUUAAAAUACCCCAUCAUUUUCAGCUACUAAUGCAUUUGACUAUAUUUGCAGUGCCCUAAUGAUUGUAUAAUAAGGGAAACAGUUGUGUUUUAUAUGAUACUCAAAGGAUGUUUGUAAAUCAUGUCAGCUCAUUUUGUAUAUCACAUUGUAAAACCCAAUGGUAAUUCAGUUGGAUGAGAUAUCCAGUGGGCUGAGAUAUAAAGGGGAAUGAUUUAAAACUCGUGGGCAUCUAAAUAAACUCCUAUGUACAGAUA